UUCAGGAGAGACCGCUUCGGCCGCGUCCGUCCGUCCGUCCGUCCGGCGCCGCGCUCUCCCACCCCGGCUACGCGCCCGCUCGCCAGCCGUCCGAUCUCGCCCGCCUCCCCCCACGUGGCCGCGCCCCCGCCGUGCGUCCGCGCGGCCGGCGGAAAGCAGGGUCUCCUCGGCUCCUCCUCGUCCGGCGGCCCGCAAAGCCGGAGCAAGGCUUAGGGUUCCCGCGAGAGCCCACCCUGCCCCCCCGUCGAGCUGGAGGACACGCGUAGCCCCGGGUUCUUCUGCGGCGACCUGUGGUGCGGCCUCAUGGAACCCAAGGGCGAGCACGAGCAGCUGCGCCAGAACCACCACUCUAUGCAAGAAGCAAUGGAGAACUUGAAGAUUAAUGCUAGCACAAAGACAAGUAAUGUCAACUUGCCUGCUAGAAAAGAUGCAAGUUCUUCUGAUGCAAUAUCAUGCAUUUCCUCGGGCGAUGCAGCUAGUACUGUCAAGGAAAGUGAAAUGAACCAAGAAGCUUCUGUGGGGGACCAAGGGAUGUAUUACUAUGGAUAUUAUUAUCCUGCCUCAUUUGGAGGAUGGGAUGAGAAUGGAUACUUCGUUGGAUACAAUGGACUAGAGGUGCACCCAACAGUGAUUCAAGGUGAUAAUGGGUCUUAUUUGUGUUAUCUUCCGGGGUAUGAAAAUGGAUAUACUUAUAGUCCGAUUGUUCCUGGUGUUAUUGCUGGUAUGGAUGGACAAUAUGUCAGCAAAGAGCCAUAUUACUCCACAAUUUCUAUGCAGGACCCUAGCACGCCUGGCAUUUUUGCUCAACCAAUGGCUUAUGGACCUGAGCUAGUCCCUGCAUACACAUGGGAUCCUUCUUUUGCUCUUGUUGAUGGGGUUCAGGGACGCCCUGUUGGUGUGCAUCAAACAAAUUACCCUGCAAGACCAAAAUACUCUUCUAAUAAGCAUGCUAUUCCUUCAUCAAAAGUUUCCCGCAACACAAAGUCUGCAUCAGAUACCAUCAAAGGAUCAUCGUCAGCUCUAGACACGAUGUCAACUUCUGCUAAUGGCUAUCCAUCAUCUAAGCCUGCAAACAAGGCAUCUGGUGCUUCCAUUUCAAAAGGGUAUCCUCUGUCUAGCAAGUUUGUGGUGCAUACUAACCAAGGGAAAGGCAACCUUUACCAAAGCAAAGACAUUGGUUUGAAAGAAAGUGGUAGAAACUGGAACAGUACUGAGAAGUUUAAGGCUAGAAGUAAGCUAAAUGGAUAUGGUGACUGUGAUGUAUCAGAUAAUGAUAACUCCAAACAUAGUUUAAGCCCUCAAGCUGGUACUUAUGGGCUAUCAGGUGCAGGGGAGUGUAAUGAUGUUACACCUUCACCUGUUGCAAUAAGCCGAGAUGCAUAUAAUCUAACAGAUUUUGUUACGAAGUAUGAUCAAGCUUUAUUCUUUGUGAUUAAAUCUUAUAGCGAGGAUGAUAUUCACAAGAGUAUCAAGUACAAUGUCUGGGCAAGUACUCCUAAUGGAAAUAAAAGGCUUGACAAUGCCUUUAGACUUGCACAAGAAAGAGUUACUGAAAAAGGAACCAAAUGUCCUAUUUUCCUUUUCUUCUCUGUGAAUGCAAGUGGCCAGUUCUGUGGUGUGGCUGAGAUGGUCGGUCCGGUAGAUUUCAACAACAAUAUGAACUUUUGGCAACAGGACAAGUGGAAUGGAUUCUUCCCAGUGAAAUGGCACAUUAUCAAGGAUGUGCCUAAUCCACAAUUUCGCCACAUAAUACUGGAGAACAAUGAGAACAAGCCUGUGACAAACAGCAGGGAUACACAAGAGGUCAAGUUUCCACAAGGCGCAGAGAUGCUGAACAUUUUCAAGAACUUUUCAUGUAAAACAUCAAUAUUGGAUGACUUUGACUUUUACGAAAACAGGCAGAAAGUAAUGCAGGACAGAAGAGGCAAGCCGCUUGCUACAUCAUUGGAUCGCCCCAUUCAGAAAACUGAAAAACCUGCAGAAACUAAGAAGUCAAGUCAAUUUGUAAGUACAGUGGAUCUUGAUGUAGCCAAGACAGAUGAGGAACCAAUUGACAAGGUUUCAACAGGACUCGAUAUAUCUGAGAUAAGUGAGGAGCAGAUAGACAAAGUUGGGGUGAAAGUUGACACAACUAACAAUAGUGAGUAGCAGAGAAGGGUUGCUAAGAAUGAAUUACAAGAUGGGCACUUGAACUGGAAACAUAAGAGAUGGUUUCUGAAACGGCCUUCCUACUUCAGACAAUAAGCUUGCUAUGUGGAAUGCUGAGAAUGGGUCAUUCAUCUCAGGAAACCGUCCAUUGCUAAAUGGAAGCGGAAAGGAAAAGAGAAAGCCAUGGUGCCGUCUUCCCACGAGAACUCUCGAUGACUGGGGAGAUGUUCCAAGACACAUCUAGCUAGAUAUCUACUGAUCAUGUAUGUGUUACUACCUCUGGCGCUAACCGCUAAUGCGCAAUCCUCCCUCAUCUAUUUUUCAGCUAGGAGGGAAGAUUUCUUCUUCUUUUUUUGCAUAAUGUCAUGUCUUCUUUUGUUGUCUAAUUCUACUGCUGGGAUCUUUGUGAAGCAGACUAGUUAUGAUGCAAAGAAGCAAAAUUCAUGGUUGGGUAUGUUUUAGUGAAUGUUUGUAGGUGGUUGGGGUUGGGUUGUCAUUUGGGGUUGUAGGUGUUGGUUUAUUUAAGACAUGUUUUAGGUACUGACAUUGAAAAAAAAAAGAAAUGGAAUCAUUUUUUGGACUUGCAUUGCAUCAUUGGUGUAGGUACUGUCUUCUGUCACAAUUUCUUCCAUUAACAAGACAGUGAAUAAUAAUAAUAAUAAAACUAGCUGUUGAUUUAUACUUCUCAGAUAGGCAGAUAACCACUUCUUUCAGCCGUGCUAUGCACCUUUCAUUUUCGCUUGUUUUUUUGCGGUCCGAAAUGGUUGUUUGAUUCGGACAUUUGUGGUUGGCCUGUAUCACGAUUGAAUAUAUAUAUGUGUAAAGCUGUGAGUACUUUCUGGAUUUCUUUUGUUGUUCAAUUGUUAACUCGUUCUCACAUCGUCUUAUCGGAAAGAGACCCUCAAAUGUCUGGAGCAGGCUACAGAUUUCGUAUGUAUACAGAUCACUUAAUUUGUUGUCAUUGUAUUCCGAAACGUAUGCUUGACUUUUUUUUUUUGUUAAUGAGGCAAGUGUAACAUGGGGGGUUCGGUUCCUCUGCAUUACUGCAGAGGGACAUUGUUCAUAUGAGUGUAAC